GGGGGGCACGUCCUGCUCACGUUGGUGCUUGGCUUUCCAGGUGAGACCCCAAAAUCCCCGCGGGCUCGGCGUGCUGCCAGCCCCCGCCGCCAUGGCGUCGCCGGCCGUCAGCCCCGACUCGUCCUCGCACGAAGCCCUUUCCUCCGUCAACUCAGCCCCGGCGUGUUCACCCACCUCCGACUCGGAAAACCUCAGCCCCGACGAACUGGAGCUGCUGGCGAAGCUGGAGGAGCAAAAUCGGCUACUGGAGGCCGAUUCCAAGUCGAUGCGCUCCAUGAACGGCUCGCGGAGGAACAGCGGCUCCUCCUUGGUCUCCAGCUCCUCGGCCUCCUCCAACCUCAGCCACCUCGAGGAGGACACUUGGAUCCUCUGGGGCCGCAUCGUCAACGAGUGGGACGAGUGGCGGAAAAAGAAGGAGAAGCUGCUGAAGGAGCUCAUCCGCAAAGGGAUCCCCCACCACUUCCGUGCCAUUGUCUGGCAGCUGCUCUGCAGUGCCACCGACAUGCCCGUCAAAAACCAAUACUCGGAGCUGCUCAAGAUGUCCUCUCCCUGCGAGAAGCUCAUCCGACGGGAUAUCGCCCGCACCUACCCAGAGCACGAGUUCUUCAAGGGACAGGACAGUCUGGGCCAGGAGGUGCUCUUCAACGUCAUGAAGGCCUAUUCGCUGGUGGACCGAGAGGUCGGAUACUGCCAGGGUAGCGCCUUCAUCGUGGGACUGCUGCUCAUGCAGAUGCCCGAGGAAGAAGCCUUCUGCGUGUUUGUGAGGCUGAUGCAGGAAUACCGCUUACGGGAGCUCUUCAAGCCCAGUAUGGCUGAGCUGGGGCUCUGCAUCUACCAGUUUGAGUACAUGCUGCAGGAGCAGCUGCCGGAGCUGAACAUCCACUUCCGCUCCCAGAGCUUCCUCACCUCCAUGUACGCCUCGUCGUGGUUCCUCACCCUCUUCCUCACCACAUUCCCUCUUCCCGUGGCCACGCGCAUCUUCGACAUCUUCAUGUACGAGGGGUUGGAGAUCGUCUUCCGCGUGGGGAUGGCACUGCUGCAGUUCAACCAGGCUGAGCUCGUCCAGCUCGACAUGGAGGGCAUGUCCCAGUACUUCCAGAAGGUGAUCCCACACCAGUUUGACAGUUGCCCCGACAAACUCAUCCUCAGGGCCUUCCAGGUCAAGUACAACCCCAAGAAGAUGAAGAGGCUGGAGAAGGAGUACGCCGCCAUCAAAAACAAAGAGAUGGAGGAACAGAUUGAAAUCAAGCGCCUCCGCACUGAGAACCGCCUGCUGAAACAGCGGAUCGAAACCCUGGAGAAGGUGAGCCCAGUAACCAGCACCCCAAAUCCCUCCUGGGGGCACCCCAAAACCCCCUGUGGGCACCCAAAUCCCCCCUGGAGCACCCAAAAUGUCCCCUGGGCCACCCCAAAUGCCCCUGGGGCACCCAUGUCACCUCUGCCCAGAGAUCCCAGCACCCAUGAGU